GACAGCUUAAGUUGAAAUACGAAAAUGAUGGUCCGUGCGCCCUGCAUCGCUUUCUUUAUUCCUUACCUCUUUGGGAAUUACCCUCUCGUUGCUCUCUCGAAUCUCUCCCAAUCCGAGUAUCCUCAUCUCGCUCGAUCGACAGAUAUCAAUUCAUGUCAGACAUUAAGGUUUCUCUGCCUCGACUCUUUUGUAGUUUGAUCAUAAUCCAGCAAACGUUUGAACUUAGUAAUCUGAUAUAUCUGUUGCCAUUUCUGUAAUUCUACGAGAAUACAAUCAUUACCCAGGUAAUCUGGAUUAUCGGUCAGUGGUUUCUUUUUCCUGAAGGAAGGUCCGUUUGCUGAGGGUGCUUUGGUCCUUUAAUGCGAUAUUUGCUUUAAAAAUGAGUGGCCGUGUAAGGUGGAAUGAGGCUAACUUAGACGAAAUUGAGGCAAAUAAACCUGUAAGGCAGAAAAUCACUGAGCCUAAGACUCCAUAUCACCGUAUGAUUGAUGAAGAUGGUUCUUUGUCACCUAUACGAGAUUUCAGUGAAUCCAAGGGUAGUUCUGCUCAUGCAGAAGCCAUCUGGACUGCUUUGAGUGAUGCAGCUUCAUCAAGUAGAACUCGGCAUUCCAAGGGAAUUGGGGAUUGGGCAUCUUCUGAAGAUGAAGCAGAUGGCAUGGAACGAGAUGAUGAAGAUUUUGAUGCCAAUGGAGACGGGCUGAGUUUUAAGGAGCAGAGGAGGGCCCACUAUGAUGAAUUCCUCAAGGUGAAACAGCUCCAGCAGAAGGGAUCUUUACUCAAUGACGAAGAUGAGGAUGGUGAUGUCAAGGAAAACAAGCAAGAGACAGGCAAUUCAUCCCAGUCCUUGACUGGGGGUAUGAUUCCAAUAGACAUUAAGGUUGGUGAUGCUGGGGGUAUGAUUCCAAUAGACAUUGAGGAAGGUGAUGCUGGGGGUAUGAUUCCAAUAGACAUUGAGGAAGGUGAUGCUGGGGGUAUGAUUCCAAUAGACAUUGAGGAAGGUGAUGCUAGGGGUAUGAUUCCAAUAGACAUUGAGGAAGGUGAUGCUGGGUGUAUGAGGUCAAUAGACGUUAAAGUAGCUGAUGCUUCAUCUCGGCAUCAACAAUAACAACCGCAGCAGCGACAGGAGAGAUCCCCCCCCCACACCAUUGGAUAGCCUAGAUACUGGCAAACAAAGCUGACCCAUCGAAUUGUCUGUCUGUCUAUCUAUCUAUCUAUAUAUAUGGUGUAAAAUGAUGAUUGUAUGGUUUGACAUGCGUUUUUAUUUUUAUGUUUAAAUAGUUAACAGAGCAUGUGAAAUUAGCGUGUUUGGAUGCACUAUCCAAUUAAGUUGCAAUUCGUGGCCAAGCAUCCAAAUGGUUUGGCUUGCACAUGUUAGAUUC